ACUGCCUCUGCUCCAAUCACCGGCAGCCUCGCGCUCCCCUGGUAGGUCUACUCACCAACCUACAGUCUCACAUUUUGAUAGAUCACUCCCGAGCUAUAAACGCGCAUCAACACAACUCGAUUUUUCCUUGCUACCCGAAGAUGAGAGUGUCCAUCGCGGUGCCCUCUGCAUGCUUUACCUCCUAACUCGGGCUCUAGACCCGCAGCUGGGACGGGAGAGAGAGCAACCUCUCUUUUCUCUCAUCAUCACAAACUUGGUGUUCCAAGGACACGGGGAGCGAGCCGACAGUCGACGACAAUAAUUGUACGGUAUUUGUGUAUCCUUUCUCAUUUAAGCAAACUUCCUCAUCCUGUCUUUCACGCUGGGCACAGAAGCAGAGAGAAGAAGAAGAAGGCUCCGCAUCGCUAUUUCUACCGUGGAAAUACAUUUGGUGGGGUUUUGUGCCCUGUCCGUAUUUGGUGAACCCUGGAUUUAGUGAACAUGGAGACGGUGGAGAAGGAGUGCGGGGCGUUAGGUGGACUAUUCCAGGCGAUUGUCAAUGAUAUGAAGUGUUCAUACCCCGUGUGGGAGGACUUCAGUGCCAAGGCCACCAAACUGCACUCCCAGCUCCGGACCACAGUGCUGGCGGCAGUGGCCUUCCUGGAUGCCUUUCAGAAGGUGGCGGACAUGGCCACCAACACCAGAGGCGCCACCAGAGACAUUGGAUCAGCUCUUACCAGGAUGUGCAUGCGGCAUCGCAGCAUCGAGGCCAAACUGCGCCAUUUCACCAAUGCUCUGAUGGAGAGCUUGAUCACUCCUCUCCAGGACAGGAUUGAGGAUUGGAAGAAGACCGCCAACCAGCUGGACAAGGACCAUGCCAAAGAGUACAAGAGAUCUCGUCAUGAGAUCAAGAAGAAGUCCUCAGACACCAUGAAACUGCAGAAGAAGGCCCGGAAAGAAAUCCAGGGCCGAGGGGACCUGCAGCCCCAGCUGGAUAGUGCCAUGCAUGAUGUGAAUGACAUGUACCUGCUGAUGGAGGAGACAGAGAAACAGGCGGUGCGCCGCGCUCUGGUGGAGGAGAGGGGACGCUUCUGCACCUUCAUCGGCUUCCUGCAGCCUGUAGUGAAUGGAGAGAUUGCCAUGCUGGGAGAGAUCACUCACCUCCAGGCCAUUAUUGAUGACCUCACUGUGCUCACCACUGAUCCCCACAAACUGCCCCCCGCCAGCGAGCAGGUGAUUAAAGACCUGAAGGGUUCAGACUACAGCUGGUCCUACCAGACCCCCCCCUCCUCCCCCAGCAGUUCUGGCUCCAGGAAGAGCAGCAUGUGCAGCAGUGUGAACAGCGCCCACAGUAGCGCCUCUCGCUCCUCCGGAGGCUCUCAGACUCACUCACCCAGUUCAUCCUAUCGCUACCGCAGCCUGGCCCAGCCGCCACCAGGGAACGCUCACCGCCUCAGCAGCGUCUCCUCCCACGACUCAGGCUUCAUAUCACAGGACGCCAACGUCUACUCCAAGCCUCCCUCGCCCAUGCCCUCUGACAUCACCAGCCAGAAGUCAUCAAGCUCCGCAUCCUCCGAGGCAUCCGAGACCUGCCAGUCAGUCAGUGAGUGCAGCUCUCCCACAACGUUUGGCUCGUCCUUCGCUACCUUCCGCCCUGCUCUCUCUCACACUGGCUCCAUCAGGCCUCUCUCUGUCAUACUUCCUGCGUCCCCACCCUAUAACUGCUCCCCUGGAUCCAACACUACCUCUCCCACAUCAAAGGUUCCUUGCUGGAAGGAUUGGUCCAAGGCAGGUUCUUAUGAGCAGCCAUUGGCUGCCACGCUUCAGCGGCGGAAGGAGCCCCUGGAUAGGCUGAGGGAGAGCGAGGUAUCCCCGGGCUCCCAGGGAUAUGCUGGUGCUCACCCAGACGAUGUCCAGAGGCCCCGAAUGACCCCCGCCACCAUCGCUGCCAAGCACGGCGAAGAGGUGUCUCCAGCAGCCAGUGACCUGGCCAUGGUCCUGACCCGUGGUCUCAGCAUGGAGCAGCAGAAGAGCAACAGGGACUCCCUGCAGUACUCUAGUGGCUACAGCACCCAGACCACCACGCCCUCCUGCUCCGAGGACACUAUCCCCUCUCAGGGGUCGGAUUAUGACUGCUACUCUGUGAAUGGAGAUGCCGAAGGUGAGACGUCAACUGACUUUGACAAGUCCUCCACCAUCCCCCGCCAUAGCAACAUCGGCCAGAACUACCGCCGCAUGAUCCAGACCAAGCGGCCGGCCAGCACCGCUGGUCUGCCCAGUGGAGCCCAGGGCGGAGUGCCUGGAGGGGGAGGGGGCAUUGGGACCCCUGGGACUGCCACCAUCCGCCGAACCCCAUCCACCAAGCCGGGUGUGAGGCGCACCCUGUCCAACGCGGGCCCCAUCCCUAUCCGCCCCCCCAUAGUGCCAGUGAAGACACCCACGGUGCCUGAUGCUCCUGGGGGGUACCCCGGGCCUCCGGUACGUGUGGGCAGUGAGGAGUGCGUGUUCUACGUGGCGGAUGACUCCUCCCCCAACACGUUGGAGUAUGUGAAGGCCUCUCCUAAGCGUCUGAGCCUGCCCAACACAGCGUGGGGGUCUGGGGGAGCGAUGGAGAUGAGUGUGUAUGUCCAGCACGGCUCUGAGGAGGACCAGAUGAUAGCCGCUAACCGCCACAGCCUGGUGGAGAAGAUAGGAGAGCUGGUGGCCAGUGCCCAUGCCCUUGGGGAGGGACAGUUCCCCUUCCCCAACCUUCCUGAUGACCCCCCACCUGGCCCGGCCCCCCAGCACGACCCCCAGGCCACCGGGUCAGGCACCGACGUGCUGGUGUCCAUCCGCAGGGGUGUGCGGCUCCGCAAGACCGUCUCCAACGACAGGUCAGCGCCCAGGAUUUUGUGAUGGUCCACAGCGGAGCGGAGGGAGCGCAGCCUGCACCCACCGUGGUGCCCCAACCACUACAUACAGUACUGACACUGUAGUAAAGAAGUGAAUAUGACAACAGAAGAUUAAAAAAAACAAGUUUUAAUUAGAAGUAAAUGAUAAAUAACAAUAAUAAUGCUGAUAAUGAAAAAGUAAAGGAUGAAUAAUAAUGACAGGCUCUGGCCACUAUAACUCUGUCGUGUCUGGGCGCAUGUUUGUUUAAUUAGCACCACCAUCACCAUGGGAUCCUCAGACUGUAUAUAGAGACUCUGUCUGGACUGACUGCCGAGAGAGAGACUGUUUAUAGGGACCUGGACUUCCAGCCACCCUCUCCACCUCCUCCCACAACCCCCCCACUCCUCACCCAACCUCUUACCCCCCCCAUUCUAGAGUAAAACAGAGGGAAGCAGGUGGUGGAGAGACAGAUGAAAAGUGGGGUCAAUAGGGGGUCCCAUCUCUCCCUUUAGCUCGGGCCACAAGGCUCUGACAAUGCACUGUUAGCUUUAAACCAUGGCUAACCGUGUGUGUGUGUGUGUGUGUGCGUGUGUAAGAGGUGGGCAGAGUUCUGCUGCAGGUCAGCCGGUUGUAUUUGAGGGUGGGGCUUCUCUCCUCUGUGUCGUUUGUUGUUACCCUCACACGGGGCCCACACUGGCUAAAUCAACGUCGUUUCCACGCCAUUUGAAUGAAAUGACGUUGGACCGAUGUGGAAUAGACGUUGAAUUGACGUCUGUGCCCAGUGGACUGUUUUUAUUGUGACAUUUGAUUUCCUGUUACCACUGUAUGAGAAGCUACAAAAUGAAGCCAGGCGUAUAUAUUUUCUAAAUCCAGAGAGAACAUGUUAAUAAGAAAUGGAGCAAUAAAUGUGUUUUAUUUUCUGCUUGCGGAGUGGAGGAGGAACAGAAGCUGUUAUCUUAGGUUUAGGUUCUCUUUUUUAACUUGCAGGCAAUCAUCAGGCAUGCUCAAGUACACAUGACAGUGGCUGUCUAACUCUGGCCAUUGGCUUUUCUCAAGUCCUGGCCUGAUGUGUUAAAAAAACAGAAAAAUCCUAGAAAACUGAAGCACUUUGAAGGUUAGUUUCUAGUGUGACCACUAGGAGUCAGUGUGGUCACGCUAUGUGAUGAGACGAGGGUGCUGGGGGACUGAGACAGUUGGUUGUCAUGCGGUGUGCUGAGUGCGUGCCACAGACCAGUGAGUGAAGCAGUUCAAUUGGUGAGAGAAUAGGAAGAUCGAAAAAGGAAGUGAUAAAGAAAGGUGGGAAAUGGGAACGGAAGGAUACGCCAUUGGAGGCAUGGUUAUGUACAAUGGGUCCAUGCUGAAAAGGUUGAAUUCCAAAAAAAAACGGAUUUAUAAUGUAGAUCAUAACAUUUAUGUAAAGAGGGGGAUGGUAAGCUGCUGUACUAGUCAUCACCUGUUGUGAGUCUCAAACACGAGAUCCAUAGCUCAUGUGCAGCCUUUACUCGGGAGCUGGCUUUGCUAAAGACAUUAGAAUGAAAGUGACUAUAGCCAGGGAGAAACAGUGUGGAUAAUGUAAGGGGUUGCCAGAAGAAGGUGGAUAUUUAUGUUUACAGAGUUAGCUGGAAGAGAGUUGCUGCAGCGGAGAGAGAUGGAAUGAGCAUUUCACUGCCUGUUCAUACUGUAAGCCCGAGUCGAGAGUCAGACGCACAGGUGGAAGUCAAGACUAGAAACUGUAUGAAUAUAUAGUAACCUUUCAUAAAAUUAUGUUGCCAUAUUUUUGCAAUAAUGUUAUGCUGUAGUCUUACUUUUGUCAAUGAAAAAAAUAUUAAUUCCAGAGAACAAUGAAUCACAGUGAUAUAGGAUCUGAGCAGGCAGAGAGAGCAUUAUUCUGACCGUUGUACUGUAGGGUAGUGAUGAACUUCAUGGAUGUCUGCCCAAUGCUCCCUAGCAGUGAAUGUUGAUGUCCUCACCUUGACGACAAUGACUAUUACAAAAUGUAUCUCGAUGCUUAUUUUGUUUUAAAAAAUGUUUUUAUUUAUUUUGCUUAAAUAGAGCACUGUUUUAGAAAUGCCUGUGGCUGUUUUAAAGCGAGGGUCUGCUUUGAGAAGAUGAGAGAAACACCUGGUAUUGUAGAAUAUUGCUCAUCUGCUGGAGUGCUGAAAUAGUACUUCCGCAAGGGGCUCUGUAAGAGGGUAUGUGGGUGUGGGUGUGACGCGGAGGAAGGGGAGAGACCAGCAGUCUGGUGGGCGUGGCCCAGGGUGGAUGUGACCUCCCGUGGCACAGUGCAUUCUCGACCAGAGGAUGUCUGCAAAGCACAGGUCAGAACGAUGUAUAUUUAUAUAUACAUAUAUACAUACAUAUACUGUUUAAGAAGUUGAACACUAAUUGUACAGGUCAAAUUGCUAGAAUAAAAAAAAAAGUUUAACUCACUUUACUUCACAUUACUGAAGAAAUGUUUACUGUCUUUUUAACUGUGCAGACUUAACUCUGGCAAUUAUUCUGUUCCAAUUUCUUGUCAUGCUUGAAUUACUCUGCUUCAUUCUGAUUGUGUGUGAUGCUCCUUACCGUUCCCCAGCCCCCAACUAUGUAACCAUCACUUCUAUCAGAGCAUUAGAGCGACAGAAAGACAGGAUGUGGCACAGAGACAGACAGACCGAGUGAGACUGGGCCGUUUGCUAGUGUGUGUUAGACUGAGAGGACCCCUACAGAGGAACUACAGGGAUGUCAGUCUUGGUUGUCUCUCUGCCUGGGAUGAGGUGACACUCUCCAAGACCCCAUGGUGGAUGACUAGCAGUCACCUCACUCCCUCACACCCCCACAGCUGGGCUGUCUCUGGGCAUGUGUAGGCCUCUCCCUCUUUCCUCACUAUCACUUGCUUCUCGCCAUCCUCACACUGGGUAGAGAUGUCAGUUUAACGUCUAGAUUCGAUUUACAUUUGGUUGAGUUGUCAUCUAACAAUAAUUCAACAUUAAAUCAAUAAAAAAAGACGGAUGCCCUUGCAUUGAUGACGUUUUGCACAUCCAAUUAGUUUUCCAUGUUGAUUCAACGUCAACGCAUAGUUUUUUGGGGGGUUGGAAUGACGUGGAAACAACGUUGAUUUAACCAGAUUUUGCCCAGUGGGCUACCCCCACUUAUACUCUCAAUAAAUGAACGUGUUUCUUUUUAACCUCUUAUCCACCACAACCCCAACUCCUACUAGCAGCUCACUCCAUAGCUUGCCUCAGCAUCAGCUCUUAAAGCCAGAGCCAAGCCCAAACUCCUACUAGCAGCUCACUCCAUAGCUUGGCCCAGCAUCACCUCUUAAAGCCAGAGCCAAGCCCAAACUCCUACUAGCAGCUCACUCCAUAGCUUGCCUCAGCAUCAGCUCUUAAAGCCAGAGCCAAGCCCAAACUCCUACUAGCAGCUCACUCCAUAGCUUGCCUCAGCAUCAGCUCUUAAAGCCAGAGCCAAGCCCAAACUCCUACUAGCAGCUCACUCCAUAGCUUGCCUCAGCAUCAGCUCUUAAAGCCAGAGCCAAGCCCAAACUCCUACUAGCAGCUCACUCCAUAGCUUGCCUCAGCAUCAGCUCUUAAAGCCAGAGCCAAGCCCAAACUCCUACUAGCAGCUCACUCCAUAGCUUGCCUCAGCAUCAGCUCUUAAAGCCAGAGCCAAGCCCAAACUCCCAACAGGACUUUGACUGAAACACUUUCCCGCUGGGUGCUAAUGCAAGGACAGGGAAUAACUGUGUCGUCACAAUAAAAUGCUAGUUUCACAUUAGAAGAACAACACUUCCAUGAGAACAUGAUAUGAUGUCUCAUGCUGGCUGGAUUAUAGCUAAUGAAAUCAUUUAAAUUAAACCUUCGCUUCACUCUAAGUGAGUGUUCAUUUGCGAUAAGUGCCCAUGUGACUUCUCUCUCUCAAAUCGGGUGAGUUGUUUGUCUGUGUAUCCUGCUGCGUUUACCAUGGGUGGUGUGUCCAUAGUGUUAGCGCUGUCGUGAGGGGAAUGGAGCAAAUGGGUUGAUGGGAGUGUUUUAGCACAAUACACUUUUCUCUUCAUGUCGAGUGAGGUUUGCACAGUGCUGUGUAGAGAUGCAUUUUUCACUUCCGUGUCUCUGCAGUACAGCCUCGGUCGCAAAUUACACUUAUUUAAAUCGCUUUUUGCAUACUUAUGCAGAUCACUUUCACAAUUUCAAUAAUAGAGAACAUGUGCUUUCAUUGCCUUGUGAGUUUCACUGUGUGUGAUUUUAAUACUCCCCCCGCUAAGCUAUAUAGAAAUAACAAUGGAACUCAUUCAUAACGUACGAUACUGGAUAUGUAACAGGAGUCUAUAGGUCUCAUUGGGUCUCCAUGAUGCUUUGCCUAACACAGGUCAACCUGUCCUCCCCUCUUAAUCCUGGAUAAGAGCUUGGUUAAUCAGCCUUAUUACUGUAAUAACAUUAGAAAGUGGAUGACUGCAUGCCUUUAUAGUCUAGGCUGGUGUUCGUGUCCGACCAGUGCGCACAGCCGUACUGUGACCUUGCAAAUCCCGUUAUGCCGUUGUAAGGUAGCCAAACAGCCCAAGCCCCUCUUCCUUUAACUAGCUUAUAACUCAUAUGUUCAAGCAUAUGUCAGGGCAAAGAUUGAAUCAAGCUGGGUAGCUGUGGGGUGUAGGUCAUGUAUGGAGGUUAUACUGUACGUGGUCUAGGAGUAGUUUGUUUACAUUGUCUACAGGUGUUGCGUUGGUGUGUCUUCGUGCUCAUGAAGUCUGCCCUGACGUAUGUUGAGGAUCUCUGACACUGAUGGAGAAACGGACUCUGCCUCGACACAAGGUGGCUACACGCCCACUCUCCCACCCACACACAGCCUGUCCCCGUCUAUUUUAAAAAGACCAACAAAGUCACCCCACAACGAUGUCACCAUCCGUUAACUCAACGCUGUCAGCUCCUGAGAUGUAGUCAGGCAGGGAGGUGACAACUCGCGUUUCCAGGUGCCAUGGUAACAGAACUGAAUGUCUUAUCACUUGUGGAUUCUCUGUGGUUUCUUCUCUCUUCCUCUUCCCAAAGCCCAAUCCAAUAUUAAAGCUAAACCAAUGCAUCUAUGAACAUGACCCUUGCCACAGUUUUUAUGAAGUCAUUAUUUUCAUUACGGUAUUGUGAAGAGAUAUGUGCGCAUAUGUUUUUUUGUACAAAACCCCCUCCAAUGGAGUCACGUAACGCUACAGGUGCUGUUUUCUGUCUUCUAAUUUCUCUCCUCUUCUCUAAUUUAUUGUGCCCUUUUCUCCAAGGCUGUUUUGCCUCAUUCGCUGAUAAGUUUCUUUUUGUAUUAUUAAUCCUUUCAAUUUGGUUUAGUCACUGCUAAUGUAACAAAACGCACUGUGAUGAUUCCAGUAUUAAUAAAAUAUGUACUUAAACUGUG